AAUAGUAAUAAUGAUAACAUUAUUAUUGAAAAAAAUGAUUGGAGAAGUAAUAUUGAUGGUGAAAAUAAUUAUUUGGUGUUUCUUAGCUCACUGAUGUGCCUGACCUAAUAUAAUUGGAGAAAAUAAACAAAUAAUAAAGUGAAAAAAAAUGAAAUGAAAUUGAAUUGAAACAAAACAAACAAAAUAAACAGGACAAUUGAUUAGUAACGUAAUACAAAGUAUAAACUGAAGUAUGUAAUAAGUAAGAUAAUGAUGAUUAAAAAAAUGGGGAAAACCAGAUGCAUAAAAUUGUAAUAUAAGUGAAUUCAUAAACAGAUUGAGGUACACAUUUGCAUGAAAUAAUAAGCAUGCAGUACGUAGAAUGCACUACACGCGUUGCAUGAUCCUGUCGUUGCAUCUACCGUUCGUCAAUCCCUUACAUCUGUCGUGGACUUAACAUCACCCAGCGUGCCGUUAAUCUACUAGCAUGUGUAAGUACCAAGUUUUUUUUAUAUUGUGUUAUGUUUGUAGUUAAUCCUAUGUGUUUGUGAUUUAUCCCAGUAGAAAUGUCCUAUUGAACUAGGGUUACACUUAUAGCUUUUUUUGGUCACUUAGAAAGUCUUUCCCUUGAUCAAGUUAAGAAUAAAGAAAUAAAAAGUGUACAAAACAGUUUUUAAUGAUGUAUUUUCAUAUUUAAAAAUGAAUUCUGUUUUACAAUUGUACACUUUUUGUGUUUAUAAAUCAACCUUAUUUCCUUCAUAUUUUCAUGGUUGUCUUGAUUCACAUGCGAACAGAAUGGAUAGAUUUAAAUGAAAUUCUUAGAAUUUUUUACGAUGUAGAAGUGGGAUACACUUUUGAAAAAGUAUUUAGAGUGAACAGGAAAUAAUUGCUUUGAUGGAGCUAAUGAUUAUGUAGGAACAUUUUGAUAGGUUUUUCAUGUUUUGGUUAGAUCUAAAGUAUAUUUACUACAGCUCAAUAUUGAAAAUUCAAGUGGCCACAUAACACAUCUAUAAAACACCAAAUGUAUUAUAGAGAUUUUUCUUGAUUAAAAUGUCUUCUAUUGGAAUGAAAUACAAAAAAGUAUAUAAUUAUUAUAAUGAAUGUAAAUAGAUGUUAGGCACAAUGUCCCUCCCCUAAUAAAACGAUAAUAAAUAGAUGAAUGAAAGUAUAAGAAAUGAAAAAUAAAAAAAAAACCAUAAAUAAUCAAUGCCAAUACAUGUACAUGAUGAUGAUGGGUUCUUGUAUAAAUUUUAAUGAGUGAUAUGUAAUAAUUUUUUAAGUGUUAAAUAUUUGAUGCAAAACAUCAAACCCCCUAUAUUUUCCUUCUUGAAUCGCCUUUUUAGCUUUUUACUAUGAAAUGUGCACCUAAUUGUCAGUCCUAGUUUUGCAUUCUGCAUGGAUGUUUAAGAUUUUAAUGUUUUGAUACCCCCUCAGUAUACUAUUAGACUUUGCAUUGACUUGACAAAGGUGAUGAUGUUGACAUAUGAAAACUGUGUGAUAGAAGUUGGUGAUCAGAUUGUAUGAUGUAUAUUACUAUUAGAUAGAAAAAGUGUAAAUUUAAAAUAGGACAUUUCUUUUGAGCAAUUAUUGGCAAUUAUGCUAGGAAUUAAAGUCUAUCUGGGGUAACAAUGAAUUUCUCUUGAAUUUUGAAGUUUCUUAUGUGAUAAGAUAUUAAUUGAAAGACAUUGUCAUAUUCUCUCUUGUAUUCAGAGUGGAUUGGUAGUAUAAUGAAAUCUGUUUGAAGAGAUUGCAAAAAUAUUAAUUGAAAUUGGUUGUGUUUCUUUUCAAUAAAAGUAAGCUUUACUAUAUCAGGUGUGUACAAACUAUACAAUUUUUAGGUAAGAUCAGUAUCAUAGUAUAUGAAGAUCUCAAGCACUUAAGAAUAUUAUGAAAAUUACAAUUAAAACAUGACAAUGUUUAAAUAAUUGCAGGUCCAAGAAUUAUAACUUGUUAUUAUUUUGCAUUCUUAUUUUUUUGUAACCAUGUUGUAUGACUUAACAGUUGAUAUAGAUGCUCCUGCUGGAAAUCUUCUUAGCUUCAGCGAGUCCUAUGGGGCUGAUGUCAGUGCCAGUGUUGACCCAGGUAUGGACUCUGAUACCGACGUUGACCUGGAUGACAUCCUACCCUAUGAUGAGACCCUGGUCUUGCCACGGAAGAAGAAACGUACUAGGAAGGAGAGUGAAGAUGAAGAGGGGCAUCCAUUUGCUCAGCACACGGACGACAGUCAAGAAAAAGCAGCGGAUAAGGUGCCAAGCUUAACUAAAGCACAAGCCAAGACCAAACUAUCCUCUAAGAUUGAAGCUUUUCAGAGAGCUGAAGAACGUGCACAUAAGGACUUGUCACCUUCCCGCCCUGUGCGAAAGGAACCCUCACCUACAAGACGUCCUAUCCAAAAGGAUUUAUCUCCUACAAGACGUCCAAUGCAAAAGGAUUUAUCUCCUACAAGGCCACCUGCACCAAGUGAUGUUAGAAGUGUCCAACCACAGCCAAUGCUGCACAUAGAUCAGCCAGAAGUAGCUGAUCUUGGUACCCCUCCUGUGGUGUACAUGCCACCUCACACCCAAGGACAAGUGCCACCACCAAAGCAUUAUGUUACACCUUCACUAUUGGCAAAGUUCCAGCAACCAGAGGACACUAAGCCACCAGUCCCAUCUAAACCAUCUGUGACAUCAAAACCAUCUGAGACACCGAAACCAUCAGUGCCAUUUAAACCUUCUCAGGCUCCAGUUACACCAGGCAAACCAGCAGCACCAGCACCUAGCACUCCAGCCAAACCAGGUGCAGCACCAAAGCCAUCGCCAGGUGCUCCAACAAUGAAGAAACCAGUGACUUCAGACAUCACACCUCAGGUAACCAAACCUACUAAGGCAGUACCCGUUCAAUCUAAACAGUUUACUAUAAUGCCACCACCACCUGAGGAUCGGAAACCACCAAACUUUCUUAAGUUCAUCAAUCACUGCAGGGUGAAACCUGGGGAGGAAGGUCGCUUCGAAGCACAGGUGUCUGGUAAACCUAUGCCGUCGAUUAAAUGGUUCCGAGAUGGACAAGAACUAAUACCUUCAAUAAUUUGCAAGGUUGACACUAAGCCAGAUGGAACAACCACACUGACCUUUCCUAAGGUGCAACCAGAUGACUCAAGCAAAAUCACAUGUAAGAUUGAGAAUGCAGCUGGACUGGCUUCAUGUACUGCAAAGCUGAUCGUUGAAGAUGAGGAGCAACGCAUAGUCCGUGAGACUAAGCAGGCUCGUUUCAUCCAGUCCACACUGUCUGUGGCUCCCGGAGAGGAUAUCUACUACUCAGAUCUCGACAUCCAGACGAUACCACCUCCGACCUUCAGACCAGGAGCCAUUCCAGCUCCUGCUCCACCUAAGCCCAAACCUGCCGAAGUCCAACCUCAACUCCGUCCAAAACCUGCUCAACCUCCAUCCUUCCAGUCAUUUGUAAGCAGUCAGGAGGUUAAUGAAGGUGGAACUGCCCGCUUUGAGUGCCACGUCAGUGGUAACCCCAGACCAACGGUCAGGUGGUACAAGAGUGGUAGGGAGCUGAGGCAAGACAGUCGCAUCACCAUCAGGAUCACAGAAGAUGGCACCUGCGUUCUCGAGAUUUCAUCUCUGUAUCCUGAAGACUCUGGGGAAUAUGUUGUUAAGGCCACCAACCAGGCAGGAGAAGCAACGUCUAUUGCACACCUCACAGUUAACCCAUCUUCUUACCGAUACCAGAGGGAUGUCACUGACUCCCAGCAAGAUCUGAAAAUCCACAUCAACGUUGAGCAGGAUGGGCUGACCCCCCAGCCAGGAAGUGUAAAUGUGACGUCUCCAGGUGUGUUCCUCACCAGGACAGGUCAAAGAACAACUCAGGGUUUGGAGUACAGGCCAGGUUCAUCAACUCCUACCACAUCUACAACAAGGACCGUAGAGGUCCAUGAGGGACCCUCAGAUGUUGAGAGAACCACUGAGGAAUUAUCUGCUACUACAAGAAGGACGACUACCAAGACAACCACAACAAAGACUGUGACAGAGACAGUAACAGAAGAAAGUGAUAUGGAAAUCCCAGGCAUGACCUUCACAAGCCAGCAGUAUGCACUUCCCCCAGGACCUCCUGGCCCUGGAACACCUGGAACCCCAAUGCAAAUAUAUGGACAAACCAUUCCGGGGCAGUUGCCUACCAACAUCAACAUUACAUUGAACAUCUCAGGUUUUCAGGAAGCCAUGCCAGAACCUCCCCAGUUCAGGAGGCUGGUCAAUGAUGUCACUGUUUCUGAAAGCCAGACUGUUCAGCUGGACUGUAUCAUCACAGGAUCUCCUUUCCCCCAGAUAACAUGGCUGAAGGAUGACCAGAUCAUCCAGGAUUCACCAGAUUUUCAAUAUAUCAUAAAUGGCAACAGGGUAUCCCUUCUUAUCAAUGUCACUCUUCCAGAAGAUACCGGAGACUACACUUGCAGAGCUACUAAUCCUUAUGGUACAGCUGUCUGUACUUGCAGAUUGACUGUUCGACCUGGUAAGAUGAGGACAGUCAGUGGUGAUGAGGCCUUCUCUGAAUCAGAAGUGAUACGACGAGUAAGGAAAACCACUACAACAACUACUACCAGGGUAGCAGAAAGUGACAUUGAGGCCCCCUCAGAGUACUCCGAGCGUACUUACAGAGUUGUCAGGAACAAGCCACCUAAGUUUCUAAAUGAACUACUAGACAUUGAGGUACUGGAAAACAGUACUGCCAAGUUUGAUUCCAGAGUUACCGGACGCCCUGCUCCACAGAUAAGAUGGUUUAGUGAUGGUAUUGAGAUCCAUCCUGGAGGACGUUACACGUUCCAUUAUGAUGACCAGGGACACUGCUCAUUGACAAUUAUUAAUGUUACUCGUGAUGAUUCUGCAGAAAUCGAAUGUAGGGCUGUGAAUGCAGCUGGAGAAGAAGCAUCUAGCUUUGCUGACCUCAUUGUAAAACCCAUUCCACAGGCAGGCAAAAGGCCCAGAAGAAGACGGGAACAUCAGACAUUGCUUAUUCAUGGUCAGAAGCCAAAAUUCACCUCUGAAUUCAAGUCAACACAGGUAACUGAAGGACACACUGCAAAAUUUGUUGUUAAGGUUUCUGGAACACCCCGCCCUUCUGUGACUUGGUAUAAGAAUGGACGCCCCAUUCCUGCUGAUGAUCGUGUUGUGAUUACAUAUGAAGAAGAUGGAACUUGCACAUUGAUCAUUAAGAAUGUUUGUUCCGAUGAUGAUGCAGAAUACAUGUGCAAGGCCGUCAAUGAGCUUGGAAAAACUAUUACCUAUGCUGACUUGUUGGUUGAAACCACUUCUAGAGAGCGAAUUACCACAAUUCAAGAAGAACCUGAAGAAGAAACAUGGACUGAAAGAGUUGAGAAAGUUGUUGAGAGUGACACUGAAAGUGUUCGCACAGUAACAACUACAACAACAACCAAAAAGGUGAUGACUGUAUUGAGGGAUGGACAAGAGUCGACAGGUGGUACAGAAAGUAUGACUGUGGAGGUGCGGCCAAGGGAUCGAACUCAAGCUCAACCAAGAACUACACAUCAAACAAUAUUUGAGACUGAUAUUGGUCAGAGGGGACCUGAUGAUUACAAUGUGGAAGAUUAUGAGGUGAUCAGAGAAUAUGGUCCUAGACCAAGGAUAACCCAAGAAGUAAAUAUUCCAAUGAGCCCAGGUCAGCAAGAAGUCACCAUUCCCAUUGGCAAACCACCUGAAAGGUCCACGCAGGAGUUCACUCUUACUCGUCAGAUACAUCCUACUGUUACAGAGAAAGAAGUGUUGCCUGACCAAAGACAGCCUGCAGAAUAUCACCCACAAUUAGAUAGGUUUCAGCCACCAAAGGAGGUUGAAGAAGAUGUCUUAUUUGAGGACUUGCACCCUCAACCAUUUACUCACAUCAAGCUUCCUUUUCAGAAGGAAAAACCACCCACCACAGUUCAUGAGCAAGUUUCAAAGCAAGUUAAGAAACCCGAUUUCACUAUGAAAUCAUUAAGUGACCUUCCUGCUCCAGAGCAAAUACCUUAUGUGCAUGAACCACAGGUUAAGCCAUCCAGUAUGAAACCAGUUGAUACUCCUUUAUCCUUUAAGGGACUGGAAAAAAGAGAGCAUCCUCCUGUAUUACAUGAGGCUCCUUUAUAUCCAGAGGAAGUUGUUCAAGAGCAGAUAUCCCUGACUGAACCGUUUGAGAGAAUGCCACAACCACAACCUCCAGCUGAAGUAAAAGAAUCUGUGGUUCCUUGUGAAGAAGUACAACCUGAAUUAUACAAGCCUUUUGAUCAGUUACCCAAGCCCAAGGUUCCAGUUAAGGUAAAAGAACCUAGCAUCUUACCUCAAAAAAAGCUGCCAGAAAGAAAACCAGUAAAAUUUCCCAUUCCUGAAUAUCCAGAGUAUGAAGAAGAAGUACCAUUUGAAGUUCAACCAGAGCAGCAAUAUCCAGUAUCUUUUCCUGAGAGGAAGCCAAAGCCUGAAGUUGCUGUUAAACCUCGAGCUAAGCAACCAACUCAUCCAGGAAGACCACAAGUGAUAGAGGAAUUGCAAGAUACUGAGGCUAUUGUAGGAGAAGAAGCUCAGUUGCAGACAAUUAUCAUAGGUCUACCAAGACCCAGGAUCCAAUGGCUGAGAGAUGGACGUCCCAUUGAUGGGGAUCGCUUUGAGACGAUUGUCCAAGAAGAUGGUACAUGCAUACUUGUAAUCAAGAUUGUACUUGAAGAAGAUCAAACAGUUUAUGAAUGCAGAGCCACUAAUCCCUUGGGAACAGUUUCUUCAUUUGGGAAUUUGACAGUUACUAGGCAAGAAACUGUAACAAGAAGAACUGUAACUGAAACUGUCACAACAGAGAUUUAUACCACUGACAGUGAACAAGAACAGUACUAUCCUCAUAGGACACAAAUAGAAAUUGGACCUGGUCGUGAUAGGCGCAUGUAUAUCCCACCAAGGCAGCCAGGUCCUGUCAGUUCUUCUAUUGAGAUAUCACCAGAGGAUAGAACAGAGACAAUGACUACAACUACUGUUACAGAAACCAUCACAAGAUAUGAAGAUGACACUUUGUCUGAUAUCACAACUCAGAGGUCAGAAUAUGAUAUGUACCCUGAAUACCAACGACCUACACAGGAAAUCGAGUUGAUUAUAGAUGGUGUGCAACCUUAUCCUCAAAGACAAACAGCAGCUGUGCAAGGAAGACCAAGAGCACCAGAGACCCGUGAAAGGACUACAAUUGAUAUUGAUAGACAAGCUCCUCUUGCACCUGUUGAGUUUAUAAUUGACACAAGGGAAGAUAAACCACAAGAAGAGUAUGAAACUAUUACAAGAAGGAAAAGGACAACAACUACAGAGCAUAUUACAAGAAGGGAUGUUGAAGAAGAUCAAGAACCUGUAGAAAAGUACUCAAUUGAAUAUCCCCAAGAGCCAAGGAGACCUGUUGAUUUCUCAUUUGACCUGCCAACUCCAAGUACAGUUGAUUACUCAGAAGAAGAAAUUUUGCCUCGAUAUACUGAACCUCUUAAGAUUGAUAUAGAUAUUCCAGAAUCAUACGAAAUUUGUCCUGGUGCUGAGAAUAUUCAGCAGCCAUCUCCAAUCGAUUUGCAAUUUGAGCAACAGCCUGUAGAAGAAAUAACUCUCGGGGCUGAGGAAAUAUUCCCAGUAAGACACGAGCCAAUUGACCUUACAUUUUCUCAGACACCAGUUGAGGAGAUUGAUGUUGGACCUGAAAAGGUACUACCAAGGGAGAAACCCAAGCCUCUUGAUGUGAAUUUUCCCAAACAGGCUGUGCGGAAGGUGCCUAUGGGACCAGAGAAAGUGAUUCCUAAAGAAGUUCCAGAGCCUAUUGAAUUGACAUUUGAAGGAGCACGUGUAGAGGAAAUUUCUCUGGGUCCAGAAGAAGUAUUACCAAAAGUUAAACCAAAACCCCAGAAACCUAUUGAAAUGGCAUUUGAUCAUGCUCCAGUCGAGGAAAUCACCCUAGGUCCUGAAAGGGUUCAGCCCAAGCCACAAGAGAAGCCUAAAUCUUUUCAAAUGGAAUUCAGAACCCCAUCUGUACAAGAUAUCCAACUCAGAGAGGAAAAGUUGAUGCCAAAACCAAAGCAUGAAAUUCCACUGCAUCCUGAAUAUGAAGAGUUGGUAAUACCAUCUGAAUAUGCUCCAGAUAUGCCUACCAAACAGAAAACAAUGGUAAAACAGACAGUUGUGCAAGAAGUUCAUCCACAGCCAAGCAAAAAGUUGCCAACCCCUGAAGAGAGAGGUAGGAGUUUUAUUGAAUUGGAAACCCAGCCUCAACCACGUGAGAUUGAGCUCAUCCUUGAUCUUCAACAGCCUGAAGAUGUAACAAGAACUUACACAGAAACUGUGACUACUGAAACAACGACAAUCACUGAGCAUGAAGAACAACCAUCAAUUGAAUAUGAAGAACUUGUUAUUCCCAGCCAGCCUGAUAGGCCAAGAAAACCAACACAGAAAGCUCAAAAGAAGCAAACAGAGCCAAUCACUGUUGAAGAAUCGGACCUCUUGCCAGAAGAUUUAAUUCCUGGACAUACUCCUUUGUCUCCAGAAGAGCUUCCAUUUGCAAGAGCAGCUGUCACCAGGAUACCCCCAGAAGUGUUGACAGCUCCUCAUGAUGUUGAAGUUUCAUAUGGGGAUACAGCUAGGUUAGAAUGUCAGAUUACUGGAGAACCACAACCUCUUGCCCGAUGGAAAAGGGAUGGAACACCAGUGACAGGUAAUAGAUACCUAACACUUGUUGAGAGGGAUGGACGUGUUGUUCUUGUAAUUAACCCAGUUGAAGAAGUUGAUGACACUGAGUUUGAGUGUGUUGCUACUAACGAAGAAGGAACUGUUUCAACAUAUGCUGAUGUACAUGUUCAAGAUAUACCUCAUGAGAAAGUAAAACCUCGCACAGAAAAACGUCCAAAGAGGACAGAAAAAGUGUCUGUUUCUGUGAAACCUCAGAGAAGAGAAACUGCUGAAAUUGAAAUUGACGAAGACCGACCACUCAAGUCAUUUGAGGUAACUGUUGAUGUUCCUAAACCACUCUCUCCUGAAGAUCUUCAACAACCGUCACGUGGACCUGCAGAUGUACCAGUUCACCCAAUUAAAAAAUUCAAACCUGAAAAACCAGAAUAUGAAAUUCUGGUAAUACCAAAGGGAGAGGAAGAAGAAACCAUAACUAUAUCAGAAAGUGUAACAACAGUUGUUGAAACCAAGGAGGUACCUCCAAGGGAGAAGUCCCAGGUUUCAAUUGAUCAAAAACAAAAACCUCUUGCUCCUGUAGAAUUAACACUAGAAAUGCCCAAGCAGGAAGAGCCAGAAUACGAGGUGCUAGUUGUACCCGAAGUGCCUGAAGAGGAGUCUGUGACAACUGUUACAGAAAUCAUAACAACUGUUGUUGAAACUGAAGAAUAUCCUAGCCCACGUGAGACAACACAAGUUGAAAUGCAAACUCCAAAGAGGCCACUAGCACCUGUUGAACUUACCUUUGAUGUUCCAAAGCAUGGGCAACCUGAAUUUGAAGAAGUUGUUUUUCCAGCCAAGCAGCCUCAGGAACCCAAAGUUCCAAAAACACAAGAAACCACACGGGUAAUACUGGAAGAGGAGAAAAAACCUCUCGCUCCAGUUGAGUUGACCUUUGAUAUUCCUAAAGAGGAACAGCCAGAAUAUGAGGUUUUUGUCAUUCCUCAGGAACCACAACCAGAGGAGGAAACAGUCACAACUAUUGAAGAGACUGUUACAACUGUUGUUGAGAAACAAAAGGUCCCAGACACACGAGAAACCACACAAGUGUUUGUUGAAAAAGGCAAACAGCCACUUGCACCCGUUGAACUGACCUUUGAUAUUCCAAAAGAGGAACAGCCAGAAUAUGAGAUUCUUGUCAUUCCUCAAGAACCACAGCCAGAGGAGGAAACUGUCACAACUGUUGAAGAGACUGUUACAACUGUUGUUGAGACACAAGAGGUCCCAGACACACGAGAAACCACACAAGUGUUACUGGAAAAGGAUAAAAAGCCACUUGCACCAGUUGAACUGACCUUCGACAUUCCCAAAGAAGAACAACCAGAAUAUGAGGUUCUUGUUAUUCCUCAGGAAGCUCAACCAGAGGAGGAAAUUGUCACAACUAUUGAAGAGACUGUUACAACUGUUGUUGAGACACAAGAGGUUCCAGACACACGAGAAACCACACAAGUGUUACUGGAAAAGGAUAAGGAGCCACUUGCACCAGUUGAACUGACCUUUGAUAUUCCCAAAGAGGAACAGCCAGAAUAUGAGAUUCUUGUCAUUCCUCAAGAACCACAACCAGAGGAGGAAACUGUCACAACUAUUGAAGAGACUGUUACAACUGUUGUUGAGACACAAGACUUUCCUGAAACACGAGAAACCACACAAGUGUUACUGGAAAAGGAUAAGGAGCCACUUGCACCAGUUGAACUGACCUUUGAUAUUCCCAAAGAGGAACAGCCAGAAUAUGAGGUUCUUGUCAUUCCUCAAGAACCACAACCAGAGGAGGAAACUGUCACAACUGUUGAAGAGACUGUUACAACUGUUGUUGAGACACAAGAGGUCCCAGACACACGAGAAACCACACAAGUGUUACUGGAAAGGGAUAAAAAGCCACUUGCACCAGUUGAACUGACCUUUGACAUUCCCAAAGAGGAACAGCCAGAAUAUGAGGUUCUUGUCAUUCCUCAGGAAGCUCAACCAGAGGAGGAAAUUGUCACAACUAUUGAAGAGACUGUUACAACUGUUGUUGGGACACAAGAGGUUCCAGACACACAAGAAACCACACAAGUGUUUGUUGAAAAAGGCAAACAGCCACUUGCACCAGUUGAACUGACCUUUGAUAUUCCAAAAGAAGAACAGCCAGAAUAUGAGGUUCUUGUUAUUCCUCAAGAAACACAACCAGAGGAGGAAACUGUCACAACUUUUGAAGAGACUGUUACAACUGUUGUUGAGACACAAGAGGUUCCAGACACACGAGAAAGUACACAAGUGUUUGUUGAAAAAGGCAAACAGCCACUUGCACCAGUUGAACUGACCUUUGAUAUUCCCAAAGAAGAACAACCAGAAUAUGAGGUUCUUGUCAUUCCUCAAGAACUACAACCAGAGGAGGAAACUGUCACAACUAUUGAAGAGACUGUUACAACUGUUGUUGAGACACAAGAGGUUCCAGACACACGAGAAACCACACAAGUGUUUGUUGAAAAAGGCAAACAGCCACUUGCACCAGUUGAACUGACCUUUGAUAUUCCCAAAAAAGAACAGCCAGAAUAUGAGGUUCUUGUUAUUCCUCAAGAAACACAACCAGAAGAGGAAACUGUCACAACUAUUGAAGAGACUGUUACAACUGUUGUUGAGACACAAGAGGUUCCUGAAACACGAGAAACCACACAAGUGUUACUGGAAAAGGAUAAGGAGCCACUUGCACCAGUUGAACUGACCUUUGAUAUUCCCAAAGAGGAACAGCCAGAAUAUGAGAUUCUUGUCAUUCCUCAAGAACCACAACCAGAGGAGGAAACUGUCACAACUGUUGAAGAGACUGUUACAACUGUUGUUGAGACACAAGAGGUUCCAGACACACGAGAAACCACACAAGUGUUACUGGAAAAGGAUAAAAAGCCACUUGCACCAGUUGAACUGACCUUUGAUAUUCCCAAAGAAGAACAACCAGAAUAUGAGGUUCUUGUCAUUCCUCAAGAACUACAACCAGAGGAGGAAACUGUCACAACUAUUGAAGAGACUGUUACAACUGUUGUUGAGACACAAGACUUUCCUGAAACACGAGAAACCACACAAGUGUUACUGGAAAAGGAUAAGGAGCCACUUGCACCAGUUGAACUGACCUUUGAUAUUCCCAAAGAGGAACAGCCAGAAUAUGAGGUUCUUGUCAUUCCUCAAGAACCACAACCAGAGGAGGAAACUGUCACAACGGUUGAAGAGACUGUUACAACUGUUGUUGAGACACAAGAGGUCCUAGACACACGAGAAACCACACAAGUGUUACUGGAAAAGGAUAAGGAGCCACUUGCACCAGUUGAACUGACCUUUGAUAUUCCAAAAGAAGAACAACCAGAAUAUGAGGUUCUUGUCAUUCCUCAGGAAACCCAACCAGAGGAGGAAACUGUCACAACUAUUGAAGAGACUGUUACAACUGUUGUUGAGACACAAGACAUUCCUGAAACACGAGAAACCACACAAGUGUUACUGGAAAAGGAUAAGGAGCCACUUGCACCAGUUGAACUGACUUUCGAUAUUCCCAAAGAGGAACUUCCAGAAUAUGAGGUUCUUGUCAUUCCUCAAGAAGAACAACGAGAGGAAGAGAUUAUCACAACCAUUGAAAAAACUGUUACAACUCUUGUUGAAACACAAGAGGUCCCAGAAACACGAGAAACCACCCAGGUGUUAUUCGAAAAGGAGAAGCCCAUUGAACCAGUUGAGUUGACUUUAGAGGUUCCAAGAGAUGAGCAGCCAGAGUAUGAGGAGGAGGUGCCCCAUCAACCUGAAUUUGAAGUUGUUGUCAUACCUAUGGAACCAGAAUCUGAAAUUGAAACCAUCACUACUGUUACCGAAACUGUAACAACUGUUGUUGAAUCAGAACAACAACCAGACUUGAGACAAACAACACAAGUUCAAAUUGAUCAACAAAAACAACCACUUGCUCCAGUCGAAUUAACCCUUGAAAUGCCAAAAGAUGAAAAACCAGAAUAUGAAGUGUUAGUAAUGCCCAUGGAGCAACCACAGGAGCAGCCUGAAUAUGAAAUUAUUGUACAACCAAUGGAGCAACCAGUGGAUGAAGAAAUCACAACUGAGACUGUUACAACUGUAACAGAAAUAGUCAGAACUGAAGAGGUUCCAGGUAUUGUUGAGACUAGUGAAGUCAUUAUUGAUCAAGAACAACCUCAUGCUCCCAUAGAACUUACAUUUGAAAUUCCAGAGGAGGAAAAAACAGGGAUCAAAGAUGUACCAAAGCAUGAGGAAUAUGAUAUUUUAGUUAUGCCAUUGGAAGAGGAGAAAACUUCAACUACGAUAGUAACAGAAACGGUGACAACGGUCAUAGAAUCAGAAGACAUACCAGAAACUAAAGAGAUAAGUCAGAUGGUAAUAGAUCAAAAACAUGGUCUCGGUGAAGUAGAAUUAACACUUGAAUUGUCUCCAGGUGAGCAGCCUGAAGUUGGAGUGGUGCAACCAUUUCAAGAAGAAGCUAUUCAAACACUUGAUGAAGAUAUACCAGACAGAUCUGAAGCUGUUUCACAUGAUGAGCCAGGUGUUCAAGUUAUUGUCAAGCAGGAACCUCCCCAGGUUAUUCGACCUCUUGAAGAUAUUGUAACUGAUGUUGGGAAGACUGUCAGGUUAACAUCACAGAUUGUAGGUCAUCCUCAGCCUACCAUCCAGUGGCUUAAACAUGGUAAGCCCAUCACCGGAGAGAGAUAUGUAACCCUUAUUGAAAGAGAUGGCAAUACUGUCCUGUUGAUUUCACCAGUCAAGCAGGAAGAUGAAACAGAUUUUGAGUGCAUUGGUACUAAUGAGAAAGGAACUGUGUCAUCAAAAUCUGAAAUAUUCCUAGGUCCAAAGAAACCACACGAAAAGCCUACUGAACCAUCACCCCUUAAACCUGAAGAAAAACCUGUCAAGAAACCAGAACCAGAGACAGAAAGUCCAUUGGAGCACAUUCCUGUCAGUGAAGAGAUAACGCAUCAACUAGUAGAGCAGGAGAAACCGAGAGGCCCUUCAGAACUACCAGAAAAGCCUGAGGAGCUUCCUGUCACUGAAGAGGUUGUAAUGCCUCAAAAGGUUGAACAGGAACGCCCAAGAGGCCCUGCAGACUUACCAGAAGAACCUGAAUAUGAAGAGGUUGUUGCAAUCAGUGAAGAAAUGGUGUCUGCUGAAAUCAUACUUAUGGCCGGUGAAGAACCAGAAUAUGAGGAGGAAAUUGUAAUGCCAGAAGAGGAAGUAACAGAAGAAAUUGAAAUAACUACUCGUGAAGUUACUGAUGUACUUAUAGAGAAGAAACCUGAGGGCGUUGAGAUCGAAUUUGAGUUGCCUCAAGAAAAACCAGAAGAAACCUCUACAACAAUUAUCACACAGUCUGUGACAAGUGUCACUGAGACAGUGACUAUUGAACAAGAAAAAGGCCCGCAGAGAGCUGAGGUCGUGAUCGACCAAGAGCAACAGCCCUUGCAGCCGAUCGAACUCGUAUUGGACGUGAGAGAAGAAGAAGAAAUUCCAAAGAUACCAGAGUUUGAAGAAUUAGUUACACCUAGUGAAGAAAUUCCACAAAAAAUAGAGAGAACUGAAGUGGUGAUUGAGAAAGGGGAGGAUGAGCAAAAACCUAUAGAAAUUGUCUUUGAGGCUCCCCAGCAGCCACUAAUAACAGAAGAGGUCUCAACAACAGUAACAGAAUCAGUAUCAGAAGUUGUUGAAACAAGAAAAGACUUUGCCCCAGAACCAACAGAGGUUGUGAUGGAAAUUGAGAUUCCACGUGAACCUGAGGAACAAAGAGAAGUUUCAAAAGUGUUAAUGGAGAAGGGACCAGAAGAAUUGCAAGAUGUUGAGCUCAUUCUUGAUAUCUCUGAAGAAAAAGAGGAACCUAAGGACAAAAUAUUUAUUGAAAUCAUUCGACAUGUUACUGAUAUCAAAGUAGAAAUUGGUGGUCGAGCACAUUUCACUUGCUUGAUACUCGGAAGCCCAAGGCCAACUUUCCAGUGGUUUGCCAAUGGCAGGCCUCUCCAGGGUGACCGGUUCAUCUCCAUCUUCAAUCUUGAUGGAAUGUGUGAGCUAAUCAUCACUGAGGUACAGGAAGAAGAUGAGACUGUGUAUGUGUGCCGUGCUGAAAACCCUGCUGGAGUUGUCACCACUGAGGCAGAGCUCAUCAUUCCUGAUACUGGUACAGUGGAAGUGGAGCAGACCAAAGAAGUAACAGUAACAACAACCACCACCACCAAAGUAGUGAAAGAGGUCAUUGAUGCUGAAAGAGAACCAGAUGAGGAAAUAGUACCUGUUACUGUAAUCCCUCAAGAACCAGAAGAAAAGGUGGAUGUUGUGGAAGAAAUCAUCACAAGACCAACUGAAAAUGGUGAGGUAGAAAUAGUGAAGAGGAAAGUAACCACAACUACCAAGACACAAAAGGUGACUGAGGUUGUAGAAGAAGAGGUUGAAGAAGAGGAAGAAGAAGGAGCACCCGAGGAAGACCGUGAUCUAGGACUACCUCAUGAAAAUAUACUUUUGAAGUUCAUGGAUUCCCUUCCUGAGCAGCAUGUACAAACUGCUGAAGAAAUUGAAGAAAUUGAAGAGCUUGCUCCUACUGAGGUCAAGCCUUCUGAAGUUGAAGAAAUGCCUGCUGCAGUUCUUGAAACACCACAGAAGGAAGAGAAAGUUCAUGAACAAGUACCACAAGAAUUUGCUCCUAUUGAGAUUAAGCCUUCAGAGGUUGAAGAGAUUCCAGCCACAGUGAGUGAAAUUCCACAAAGAGAAGAACAAGUACUGGAGCAAAGACCGGAAGAACUUGCUCCUACUGAGGUCAAGCCUUCUGAAGUUGAAGAGAUACCUGCUGCAGUUCUUGAAACAUCACAUAAAGAAGAAAAAGUUCCUGUACAAGUACCACAAGAAUUUGCUCCUGUUCAAGUAAAGCCAUCAGAGGUUGAAGAGAUUCCAGCAGCAGUGAGUGAAAUUCCACAAAGAGAAGAACAAAUGACAGAGCAAAUACCUGAAGAGAUUGCUCCUACGAAGGUCAAGCCUUCAGAAGUUGAAGAAAUACCCGCUGCAGUUCUUGAAACACCACAGAAGGAAGAAAAAGUUCCUGAACAAGUACCACAAGAAUUUGCUCCUGUCGAAGUAAAGCCAUCAGAGGUUGAAGAGAUUCCAGCAGCAGUAAGUGAAAUUCCCCAAAGAGAGGAACAAGUACUGGAGCAAAGACCUGAAGAACUUGCUCCUACUGAGGCCAAACCUUCUGAAGUUGACAAAAUGCCUGCUGCAGUUCUUGAAACACCACAGAAAGAAGAGAAAGUUCCUGAACACGUACCACAAGAAUUUGCUCCUGUUGAAGUAAAGCCAUCAGAGGUUGAAGAGAUUCCAGCAGUAGUGAGUGAAAUUCCACAAACAGAAGAACAAGUACUGGAGCAAAGACCUGAAGAACUUGCUCCUACUAAGGUCAUGCCUUCUGAAGUUGAAGAAAUGCCUGCUGCAGUUCUUGAAACACCACAGAAAGAAGAACAAGUUCCUGAACAAGUACCACAAGAAUUUGCUCCUGUUGAAGUAAAACCAUCAGAGGUUGAAGAGAUUCCAGCAGCAGUGAGUGAAAUUCCACAAAGAGAAGAACAAGUACUGGAGCAAAGACCGGAAGAACUUGCUCCUACUGAGGUCAAGCCUUCUGAAGUUGAAGAGAUGCCUGCUGCAGUUCUUGAAACACCACAGAAAGAAGAAAAAGUUCCUGAACAAGUACCAAAAGAACUUUCGCCUGUCGAAGUAAAGCCAUUUGAGGUGGAAGAGAUUCCAGCAGCAGUGAGUGAAAUUCCGCAAAGAGAGGAACAAAUAUUGGAGGAAAGACCUGAAGAACUUGCUCCUACGAAGGUCAAGCCUUCUGAAGUUGAAGAUAUGCCUGCUGCAGUUCUUGAAACACCACAGAAAGAAGAAAAAGUUCCUGAACAAGUACCACAAGAAUUUGCUCCUGUUGAAGUAAAGCCAUCAGAGGUUGAAGAGAUUCCAGCAGCAGUGAGUGAAAUUCCACAAAGAGAAGAACAAGUACUAGAGCAAAGACCGGAAGAACUUGCUCCUACUGAGGUCAAGCCUUCUGAAGUUGAAGAAAUGCCUGCUGCAGUUCUUGAAACACCACAGAAAGAAGAGAAAGUUCCUGAACAAGUACCACAAGAAUUUGCACCUGUUGAAGUAAAGCCAUCAGAGGUUGAAGAGAUUCCAACAGCAGUAACUGAAAUUCCACAAAGAGAAGAACAAGUACUAGAGCAAAGACCGGAAGAACUUGCUCCUACUGAGGUCAAGCCUUCUGAAGUUGAAGAAAUGCCUGCUGCAGUUCUUGAAACACCACAGAAAGAAGAGAAAGUUCCUGAACAAGUACCACAAGAAUUUGCACCUGUUGAAGUAAAGCCAUCAGAGGUUGAAGAGAUUCCAACAGCAGUAACUGAAAUUCCACAAAGAGAGGAGCAAGUUCUAGAGCAAGUACCUGAAGAUCUAGCUGCUAUGGAUGUCAAACCAUUAGAAGCAGAGGAAAAGCCAAUUGCUACUGUCGAAGUUGCCAUUAAAACAGAUGUUAUUCAACAGGAAAUUACAAAGAAUGUGGAUGAGGCUGAACUUAUGCCAGGUGAGACACCCAGUGAAUUGUACACAGAUGAACUUGAAAUUGUACAGCGUGGGCCGGCUAGUCUUAUCACUGAAGUUGAAACUGUUUUAACUUUUGAAGAACCACGUGAAACCACCCUUGCAAGCAUUGAUAUAGAAAGUGCUGAGAUGCCUGAUAUUUCUCUGGAAAUAUCAGGGCUCCAACCAGAGGAGACAAAAGAAAUAGAUAUCAGCACUGAAUUAGUUGUACAUGCUGCUGUAGAAGAUUUACCCGAAGCUGUAGAAGUUGUGAAAGAGGAGCAGCCAUACAUUCUUCAUAAUGUGGAAAGUCAGAUUGCAGAGAUUGGAGAUACUGUCCGUCUUGCUUGUCAAAUUACUGGAACACCAAUGCCAGAUAUUGUUUGGCUCAGAAAUGAUCAGCCUCUCCAGGGUGAAAGAUACAUCACUCUUAUUGAGAAAGAUGGCAGCACAGUGCUGGUAAUAAGUCCUGCGGAAGAAGAAGACAAUACCACUUUUGAAUGCAUUGGCACAAGUCCUAUUGGGACUGUGUCAAGCAAAGCUGAGCUGUGUAUUGGUAGAGAAAUUAUUGAAACUGUUCAAGAAGACAAUGACAUCACCACCUCUGAGGUCACUGCAGAAAUGAAGACCGAGAUAGUAGAGGUUUCAGUCACCACAGAUCAAGUUGAUACACCUGUUAGUUCUACACAAGCAAUAAUCAGAGUAGAUGACAUUCAGGUCCCUCAGAGGGAUGAACAAACUUCCCUAACUAUUCCAGGUGAAGUAGUCUCAAUUGAGGUACCAGUUCAGUCAGUGGAGCAAAUUUCAACUGUUGCACCAGAAAUUUCUGAAGUAGAGCAACAGACAAUGUAUGGAGCUACUGGUGAAAUAUCUGUAGAGAUCAAACCACAGCAGGUGGAGGAUGUAAGCACAACUGUUGUUGAGAUAUCUCAUAGAGAAGAAAAGACCAUAUAUGAUAUGCCGAGUGAAUUGGCAGUGAUUGAGAUGAAACCAGAAGAUGUAGAAGAUGUUGAUACUACAGUUGUGGAACUUGCCCAGCAAGAAGAAAAAUUACCUUAUGAAGCUCCAUCUGAAUUGACUCUCACAGAAAUACCAAGUAAAGCCAGCGAGCAAUUACCAGAAGAAGUAGUGAAAGUUCCACAGGUGCAAGAGGAGAUACCUUACUCAGUCUCCGUAGAAGUACCAGUGGAUGAUAUUAAAACAGAUGAAGCAAAACAAUUGCCGACUGUGCUCCUUGAUAUUACUCAGAAGGAAGAGACACCAUUAUAUGAAAGUCCAGCUGAUGUCACAGCUUUUGAAGUUAAACCAGAAAGUGUUGAAGAUUUUCAAGCUGCAACAGGUGAAAUAUCUCAGGUUGAGGAAAAAACUACAUUUUCAGCUCCAAGUGAACUUGUCUCACUUGAGAUCAAAUCAGAGGAACCACAUGAAAUAACUGAUGCUGUCUUGGGAGCCAGAACCCAAGAGACCAAGGAAGGCGUUUCCCUUGAAGUUCUCCUUACUCAGCAGGAAAUUCCAGAAGUCCCUCAGGAGUUUGCACCAGUCGAAAUCACCCUGGAGAAGUCUCCAGAAUCUAUUGAGGAGAUCACCACCAAGAAGACCACUACAAUCACAACGACUGAAGUCACCAAGAUACCAGAGGAUAUUGAAGUGCAGAUCAAAGACACUGCCACCAAGAUAACGGAAGAGAUCAUCAGGGAGGUGACGACUGAGACCAAGCAAGGUCCGGUAGUGGUCCAGGAACUUGUGUCUCAGGAUGCAACUCCUGGAGGGAUUGUAUACUUGGAGUGCAGGUUCACAGGCACCCCGCUGCCAACCUUCAAGUGGUUUCACAACGGGAAAGGUCUCAAGGGAGAGAGGUAUGUAGUUAUAAACUACAAUGAUGGGGUGAGUCAGCUGUGCAUCACCGAAGUUACCAAAGAUGAUCAUGGUACCUUUGUGUGUGAGGCUACAAACCCACUUGGUAGUGCUACUACUGUUGCAGAGAUUCGUGUCUACGAUGAACUACCCAAACCAGGAGAGAAAGCUGAAAUCAUUCUCCCAGUCGAACAAGAAGCUCCAAAGGACAUCGAGAUUAUCAUAUCUCCUCCUGAGUUCGUUCAACCGAUUGUUGACAUUGAAGUUGUCGAAGGUGAUGAUGUGAAAUUCUUGGCUCAGGUCACCGGGUCACAGCCAAUCACUAUUACAUGGUACCAGGAAACAAAGCCUAUCCAGGAGUCUCCCGAGUUCAAGGUUGCAUUUGAUGGCAAGACCUGCACCCUGGAGGUGCCCGAGGUCUUACCUGAAGAUGCAGGAAAGUACACCUGCAAGGCGUCAAAUCCUGCAGGAGAAGUCACCAGUACUGCAGUUCUCACUAUCAAAGAUGAGAGACCACAAAGAUUGCCCCUUGAUGAAACAGUGACCAAAGACUUAACAUAUCCAAUAGAACAAAGUUUGCCUUCCUUAAGCCCAGACCAACAUGAUGAAUACACUAGUUCCUCCAGUGAUGCUGAGUCCCUGAAAGAGCCAACAGAGAAAUUUGCCAUUGAUGCCAUAUUAGAAAAGGCUGUCCCUGUUUUUCUAUCUGAUGAAGAGCUUUCAGGUGAUGGUGAUGUGGAGGAUGAGUAUGAUGAAAAUGAAACAAAUACUCCUGAUCCAGUUAAUCGUGGUGCACUUAAUAGCUUAGAAAUGCAGACAAGUUUGAGCCCAGGUACAUCAGAUGUGGAAGACUCGGACAAAGACUCAACUACCUCGGGCGAAUAUGACACAUCAGCCAGCCUCACCCAUGAAUACUAUCUCAUUGAUCCAAAAUCUGAGACCCAAAAUCUUGCCCCAAUCAUUGAAGACACAGAACAGAACAAUAAUGACAUUCAAAUGAAUUCUGAUGUUGAUAACAAGAAUGAAGACAAACCAGUUCCAUUAAGAGAGGAUAUUGAAAAAGUUACCGUGGGAGUAACAGAAUAUGCGUCUUUUCCAGACUUGGAAGAUUCUGAUCAAAAACAACUGGAAUCAGGUGAUGAAGUGAAUCCAAAAGAUAUUUCUGAUCUCACAGAUGCCUCAUCUAAGUCUAAAUCUAGAUCAUCGGAUGGUAAUACCAGCUCAGAUGGAGAAGAACUUUCCAGAGAUGAUGAUAGUGAGAAGGCAAGUGUACCUGAGAGAAAUGGCCAAAAUCAGACAAUUCUAGAGAGGCUCCCUACUGCGACUGGGAAUCUCUUACUUGAUGUAAUCUCUACUGAAGGCAAACAUUCCUCAUGUGAUGAGCACUAUGAGGAUGAUGAAGAUGAUGUCUUUAUGGAUGAAAAAAGAGAAGUAUCUAGACAGCAAAGUUUGACAGAUGAUGAAAAUGAUUACAUUGAGUUAUCUCAUAAAGACACUGUUAUAGACAGUGACUAUGAAUUACUCCUCAUGAGUCGAAGGCUUUCCUCUGAACCUGUCAAGAGAGAGGACUUGUCCCCAUCCAGCGAUGAUGAGGAUGAUAAAGAUGAGUACGUAAACCUAGUACAGGAAGAAGUUAAAGCAACUUCCCCAACCAAAGCAAUAGCAUACUCUGAGUUUCUCCAAAGAGCUAAGAUGAUGCUGGAAGAGGAUGAAACACAUGACGACACUCAAUCAGAAUCAGACAUCAAGCAAGCUGUGCAAAAAAGAAAUGAUGGUACUCCUCAGCAGGCUGUCAGCCCUAAAGAGGAUUGGCGGUCCUUUACCAUGUCUCUUGAGGCUAAACAUAAAUCGGGUAUUGUACAGAUAACCAGGAAAGAAGAGGUUGUAGUGUAUGAGCAAGUCCUUGAAUGGCGGGAGCCUCGCAGAAGUUCUGGUGACGGAGUUUCCAAUCAAUCAGAUAUUCCAAAAUCUAUAGAUGAGAAGGAGGAGAAUAUUGCAGAAAUCCAGGAUGAGUCACCAGAUGCAUUGAAGGAAAAUGAAUUUGUAGGAGAUGCCUUUGCCCAUCCAGUAACACCUAGUAGAUCUUCAUUACAAGAUCUUUCAUCUUCAGAUGAUGAAUCUAUCCACUAUGCUGAAAUCUUACCAAGUAGUUUAAAGCCAAGCAAACCUCUUGAUAUUGCUCUAUCCAGCAAAGGACAAGAAGAUGAAUCCACAGUCCCAUCAAAAGACUCUGUUCAAAGAUCCUCAUCUGAUGAGUCAGAUGAAGAAGACAAUGGAAAUAUAGACUCAAUUGCUCUCCACUUCAAGGAGAAACAGAGGGUUGAGUCUGAAUCUUCAGAGUCUGAUAGAUCAGCACUUGACAGAUUGGAGGAGGAGAAUUCUAAUGAUGAUCAUGGUGAUAAUGAUGAUGAUGACGAUGAUGAAAACAGUGGGGCAAGUAAAGAAUUAGAUGAAGAAGCCAUUCUUCCGGUGAGUGGUUUUUCUGUGGAAGCAUCCAGACCAGGAGAAGCAAGACAGAGUCAAGAUUCAAGUAGUACAGAUGAGGAAGAGGAACCAGUUAGCCCCCAUUCUGACUUGAAACCAGCAGAUCUAUUUCACUCAGAAGUUGUCAUCCCUGUAGAUCGAACUCCCAUUGAAACAUCUUUUGUGGUUCAUAUUGGAGAUCAAGAGUCUGGACUCGAUGAACAGAAACCUGAAGAUGGUGAGCUGGACAUUAGUGAAUGUCAAGAAUCAAGUAUUUCCUUAGCUGAGCGAGUUGUAGUAAUAGAUCUUGGCUCAAACCUUGAAAAUCUCUCUCCUGCACUGCAUCAGAGUGAUGAUGAUGAUGACACAACAGAAGAAGAGUUUAGCCUAGGAGUGGUAUCUGUUGCAGACACACUGUACCAAACUGUUGAACUUUCUAUUCCAGUUCCCAAGAGUGAUCAUGAAGAAGACACAGAUGAUGACGGGGAUGUGGAAGACAUCCCGCGGUAUACAACAAGUGUGGAAUUACCUUCUCCCUCCAGAGAAGAAUAUGUUCUCCCUAUCGAAGUGACACCGUCAACCCCAGAAGUUCAAUCUAUACACAGUUACUUAGAAUGGACUGAACCAAGGGAACCUUCACAAUCACCAGUGUUCUCAGAAGGGAAAAGUUUCACUGAGAGUGAUCUAGAGCGAGCCUUGGAUGAAUGUAUGUCUACUUCUGAUCAAUUUGAUUCUGAAUCUGAGAAGGAACCAGUGGAACAAUACACAAUUUCUCUUGCUCCCAAAGUAAUGCACAUAGCUGAACUUGAAAUUAAUGUACCUCCUGUUUUGAGUGAUGAUGAUCAGUCUAGAUCAGAGUACUUGGUCCUUAGCUUAAGAGAUGCCGAAGAAAGUGAUGAUGAAGAAAAUAAGAAUUUAGAUUUGCAUCCCAUGAUAAAUAAGGAAGAACAGGAAGAGAGUUAUCAAGUUGUACCAGAAUUAGAAGAAUCUGAUCCUUCUGCAAUGUUCGUCUCUGCAGUUGACAUUCCUGUAGAGGAGAUUGAAGUUGUUGAUCGACAGUCGAGUAGCUCAAGUGGCUCUUCAUCUCCAGUUAUGCUGGAAUUGAGGAUGCCUUCAAGUCAUUCUGACCUUGAUAAUCCAGAAUCAAGUUUUGUAACAGUCAAAGUCAAAGUGCAAGCACCCAAACCGAGGAGUGUACAAGUCUUCUUUGAUGAACCACAGAAACAAAGAGAAGUGUUUGCAGUCCAUCAGGAAAAACAGCGAGGAAGGAAGAAUAAACCAAAGAGCAGUGGAACCCAGAUCAGUAUGGAUGAUAGUGACAUGCCAGACUCCUUUCUUGAGUGCAGUGUAGCUUCAGAUGUUUCUUAUCCAUCUUUUGCUGCAAAUGGUGAUGUGCAUUUUGCAUCUACACCUGAUGAAGAGAAUGCUCAUCUUGGGGCAUCGUUCAUUCUAGAUAUUACUGACCCUCAAGAGAGCCUUGGUGACAGCAAGAAAUCAGAUGAGGAUGUAGAAGAUAUUUUCAGUGAAUCUCUUUUGUCUUUAUCAGAACCCUUGAUGGAAUCAGUCCCACUUGCUGCAGCAAUUGCCGAGCAAGAGGAACCUCUUCGAGCUGAUCUUAAGAGUUUACUUUUAGAAUUUGAUGAUAUACUCUAUUUCAAUCAGAUGGAAGUAGAUGACAGUGUUAGCAAUGAUGAUGUAGAUCGGAAAAAUAUAGGUCAUAAGAUCGAGGAGACAUUUGAAGCUUCCACAGUGAUACCUGCAGAAAGUACACUCGAUUGUGACAAUUUAUUCAUGGAUACUGAUUUACAAGACACAAGGGAAACUACUGAUGGGCAUCCACCUAUAGAGGACCUCAUACACACAAACAAACCAGAGGUAGGAGAGCAUGAGGAGGUUUAUGUUCAGCUCUUGCUUCCUACUGCCAGCAUUUCAUCACAUGAAAAGGUAGACAUGGCAGAUCUCCUGAAAGACUUUGAGAAUGAUUUGCAGUUUAGUACAAAUGAAGAAGAAAACAGAAUUGGUAAUGAAGAAUCUCUUCAAUUGCCCCCACCUCUGAUUGAAGAGGUACAGUCAACUCUUAUAGAACCUUCAUCUUUGACCCUGGUGGAAGAUUUAGACAAAGAUGUGGAAGAUGCUGUACAUAGGGAUGUAGUCACUGCAGAUGACCCAUCAUCCACUAAGGUACCCAUGGGUGACCUUCUCCAAGAUUAUGGUGAAGAUUUAUGCUUCAAUACUGGACCUGACAAUUUGAAUGGCAGUGAUUCUUUACAUAAUAAAUCUCCCAAAGAGCUUAAAGCCUCAGGUACCGAAUCACCAAUACAGGCAUUAACUAUAGAUGUUGAAUUGGAGCCUUUCAACCUUCACAAACUGUCAGCUCAACAGUCAAACCUCCCAUUGGAAUCUAAACAUAAAGAAGAAGACAUUACCAUCAUACCUUCGUUGAUUCAUGCAGAUGAAAGUGCGCCCGAGUUAGUCCCAUUAGAAGAACUUCUUCAGGAGUAUCACCAUGUUUUUCACUUUGAAACAGAAAAUGAAGACGAUGAAAAAGAAACAGAAGUGUGUGAACCCAUACUGUCAGGGACUAAAUUUGUCAUUGAAGAAUCUGAAGUGAGGUGUUGCUUUAUUGAGGCAAGAGAAGAACAGAUAUCACCAAGCACCACUGAUUCAGGAGAUGGGGAAGAACAGACUUAUGACGGAUUCUAUGCAACUCACUCUGUUACUACGGAUACAGAAAGAGAAACACUUGUGAUGAGCAGAAAUAUAGAAGCUGUCUCCAGAACUCCCAUCCAUUACUCCAGAGAAACAUUUACUGAAACUGUGACUUCUGAAUGGUCUUACAGUGUACAUGAAACGCGCUCAAGGGACCUUGUGUUAGAGUUAAGUGAAGAUGACAUGGAGGUAUCAGGAUCUCUCGAGAGAUAUCCAUCUUUUGUUACACCCACCAAGCCAGAAAGUGAAGCAACAUUUGAGGAUCAAGUUACAUCAAUGAGCAAAGAUUUCCCCUUCUUUGCAGAAGAACUAUGUGAUCUUGUUGUAGAUGUGGGAGACAUGGCCAUUUUCCAGUGUCAUGUUGGUGGAGAACCUUCUCCAGAUGUUACUUGGUAUAGAGAUGGACAGCCUUUGAAAGCCAAGGAAAAUGUAUCUUUUCAAGUAUUAAGUUUCAGAGAUAGGUAUGCCGAACUCGUAAUCAAUCCUGCAAACCUAGAAGAUGAAGGGCAGUACACUGCCGAAGCAACAAACAUCCAUGGAAGCACUGCCAGUAGUGCAUACCUUACAGUAAGAGCAAGUGACUGUUCAGAAGACGAGGAAAAUGCAGCUGUACCCACCGAAGACUCCCCAACAGCAUCUGGCAGUGAUGAAUCUCAUUCUACAGAAGAUGAAACUGAUAAGUCAUCUCCCGAUAGCAAUGACAGUCGGCAAUCUCCAACUCAAGGAGACUUGGAGGAUGGCUCAUCCCCGCAAACAGGGGACACUGUCUCUAUCACUUCCUCACAAUUACCCUUGUCUAUGUCCAAGGAUGAUUCUGUUGAUCCUGUCCCAAAUAUUCAACUUCACACUAAAACUUCUUUGACUAAUUUUCAUGGGGCUUUGGGAGAAAACCCUGAACAAGAAUUGAAACAGGAAACCUUGAGUGCCGGUGAUAAUGUCCAUGAUAGCAAGCCUGGUAGUGACGAUGCACCUUUGCAUGCUGUUGAUGAUCUUGUUGAAUCUGUCCUUCUUGAAGAACAGGAGUUGCAUGGUUGUUUGUCAAAAGCUUUCCCCUCCUCACCUGGUGAGAAGGGAGAUGAAGAGAAACCAGUGGAGGAUGUUUCCAAACCCAAAGAUGAGAAGAAACCGGAAACCAAGGAACUCAAGCCCGAGGUUGAAGAGAAGACGGAGAUCCUCACGCAGGAGAUCUUGGUAGAGAAGACACCAAAGGAAAUCCUGGCAGAGGAGCUAGAGGAAGCUGCUCGGGGUGAACAGCCAGAGCUAAUGCCUCCCAAGUUCAUCAAAUCCAUCGAGACUGUCGUCGCUGGCGAUGGUGAUGCAGUCAAGUUUAGUGCAACUGUGACUGGCAAGCCACGCCCUGAUGUCACAUGGUAUGUCGACGACACCGAAAUCAAGGAUGAACCUGAGUACGAGGUUGCUUUCACCGACGAUGGCAUCGCUUCGCUCUUCCUCCCAGAAGUCAUCCCUGAAGAUGAAGGGAUGUAUCUCUGCAAAGCUGUCAAUGUGGUUGGAGAAGCUACUUGUAGUGCAGAAUUGUUUGUUGAAGAAUCUAAGCCUACUGAAGAUAAACCUAUCACCUUGGAGAGACAUACAGAGACUCGUGGGAAAUCCACGGUGAGCAUGGAGAUAGAUGACACUCGUGAGCCUCGCGAGAUUGAACUAGAGUUCAAGAAGCCAGAGGAUCAGGAGAUAUCUAUCAUCAUGGUAGCGCCGCAGUUUACCCAAACGAUCGUCUCUGUGAUGAUCAAGGAUGGCCAACCAGCCACGUUCACGGCAACGGUCACCGGCACGCCAACACCGGAGAUCCUGUGGUUCAGAAGCGGUGCGGAGAUUGUGCCGGAAGAGUGUCCCGAGUUCACCAUCACCUUUGAGAAUGGGGUGUGUACCCUGACCCUUGAGGAAGCCUUCCCUGAGGACUCUGGUCCAUUUGAGUGCCGGGCCAUCAAUCCAGCUGGACAGGCUACCUGCAUGGCCAAGCUGGUAGUCGUAGAGGAAAGUUCUACAGAAGUCGAUACAGAGGUUGAGAUUGCUACGACUCAACAGGUUGUCACAGUGACCAAGGAAGUCCAACAGACAGUCAUCGAGGAAGAGGUGACUGAGGAGAUGCCAGUAGCUGAAGUGAAAAUUGAAGCCCUUGAAACGGUUAUGGUGAUUGAGCCAACUGAACCUCAAUCAUACAUUGCCAUUGGAAACUACCUUGCUGAAUCCGAUGAGGUCAUGUCCAUGCGCGAAGGUGAGCAGCUCACCAUCCUGGACGAUGGACACGGCGAAUGGUGGAUGGCCCGACGUGAGACAACCGGUGAAGAGGGAUGGGUGCCCAAGGGUUACCUAGCAACCCCCGAGCAAUAUGAUGAGCAUCUUCGCCAGCAGCUUGAAGAGGUUGUGAAGGAGAUGUCUAUUGAUGAGCUUGUGCCUCCUUCUAAUGCAGGAACCCCAUUCAAGGGCAAAGCCAUUGCCCCAGAGAUUAUUGAGCCUCUCCAGACCACCAAGGCCAAGGAUGGAAAGCCGGUCACCCUCCAGUGCCGCAUCAAGGGCACCCCGAUGCCCACCGUCGCUUGGUUCCGCCAGAGUACCCAGAUCCCGGCGACAGAGGAGUUCAAGAUGGCCACUGAUGGUGACAUUGUCACGCUGACGAUCGAAGAGGUCUACCCAGAGGAUUCUGGGAAGUAUACCUGCGUCGCCAAGAAUCAGGGUGGUACAGCAUCAACCAGUGCCGAGUUACUUGUUGAAGUUGCUCUUUCUGAUGCAGAGAGUGAUGGAACUCCAAGCAGGAAAAGUCUGUCAAGGGAAUCAACCAUUGAAGAAGGUGAAGGAAUCAAACCUGCUUUCAUGACAGUCGCCAAGAGCCAGGUAGUCAGUGCCGGCAAGGAGAAGGUCACAUUCGAGUUCCGCCUCAUUGCUGCACCAAGACCUCAGAUCCAGUGGUUCAAAGAUGACCAACCCCUCGAAGAGACACCUCGCCGUCGCAUGAGCAUGUACGCUGAUGUCCAUCUUUACAUUUUAACACUAGAGCUGACCGAUAUUGAGCCAGAUGAUGAAGGGAAGUACCGAAUCGUGGCAACCAACAAGGAGGGCAAGGCUGUGGCAUCCGUGUCUCUGGAGGUCACACGUUUUGUAGUGUCGAUGUCAUCACCCAUGUCAAACCCCGCCGGCAACCGCGGGGGCUGGCACGUUCACAAGAUUCGUACCUGGUCUGGAUCCCCCAUCACCAUCUCAACUCCCUCCUUUAUGCAUGCUUGCAACCGCCCCUCCUUCGACAAUUGCAUGCACAAUGAUGUCAUAUUACCCACAAUGCCACAAGAUGAGGAAUACUCAUCAGACGUUGACCAUAUCAGUGCAGGCGAGGAGCCAGAACCUCCAAAGUUCAUUGAACCCAUCCAAACCGCAACAGUCACCCAGGGCGACUUGGCGCGUUUCGAGUGCGUGGUGACCGGGCGCCCCAUGCCUGAGAUCACUUGGUUCCACGGGGAGAAGAUGAUCAAGCCGUCCAACCUGAUCGAGAUCGGUCAGGACAAAGAGGGAAAGAAUUGGGUCGUGGUCCGUCAGGCCACGCCCGAACUCCUAGGUACCUACACUUGCUGGGCUGAGAAUCAGGUCGGACGUACCAUGUGUGGUGCCGAGCUGACUCUAACGUCUGAAGCGGAAGAGAUUUCCAUUGUCUCUGUUGAUAGCAGCGCCAUCGUCGAAGGUCCACAAAGUCGCGAUCUGGUCAGCAUCGACUUUGAAGGUGUGGACGAACUUGAGGAGGAAGGUGUUCCUCCGACUUUUGUCAUGCCUGUCCAGGAUGUUGAAGUCAAACCAGGAGAGACAGCACACUUGCGAGUCAAAGUUGCAGGCAAGCCUACCCCUGAAGUCACCUGGUACAGAGACGGCAAGGUUCUGCAGCCUAGUCCUCGCCACACCAUUAUGUCUGACACGGAAGGUAACGCAUCUCUUGUCAUCUCAGAGGCCAUACCUGGUGACGAUGCAGACUACCUAUGCAAGGCCGUCAAUCCCUUUGGUAUCGUAUCAUGCCGUGCCGAUGUCAUCGUAGAUGAAGAACCAUCUGAAGUGAAGAAGGACAAGCCAGCCAUUCUAGUCCAGGCCGAGAAGGGCAUACCCUUGGAGGCCCAACCCCAAGGACCAGUGGAAGUUACCCUAGAGGUCCGGGGCAAGGACUUAGAAAUUGCCAGCAUCAGUGAAGCUCCAUCAAUUACCUCAGAGGAAGCCUUAGAAACUGACAUUGAGGAGAAGGAGUUGGAUGAGGCUGAAGCUGCUGUGCCUGAGGUCCAUGAUGAAGUUCAGAUUGAGAUCCAACUGGAGGACCUUGAGAAACAUCCCGAGGAGGUCAUUGUGGAAGUCACCAAGAAGAUGGAGGAGAAACCUCUGAAACAGGAAGUGGUCAUGCCCGUCGAGGUCACACCAACCAAAGAGGAGGUCACACUUGCACCAACAGAGGUACCUGAGCAGAAAGCUCCAGUCUUCACACAGCCUUUGACCACAGCUGAACUGAAGCCAGGUGAAACGGCGGAGGUCACAUGCAAGGUCGAAGGUCACCCGAGACCAGAGGUCCAAUGGUUUGUAGAUGACAAAGUCAUUGAGCCAGACUCUCACUACCAGACUGAACACAGGCCGGACGGAGUAUGCGUACUGACCAUCCAUGAUGUAGAGAGUAUGGAUGAGGGACAAUAUGUCGUCCGAGCAAUCAAUCCAGUAGGCGUUGCCUCCACGGAAUCAGAACUGUUUGUGGAAGUACCAGGUAAAAUGGCUCCAGUCAAGGUUGAAGCCAAAGCGACCAUGGAGGUUGAGAAACCUCUUGAGACGGUCCCCAAGCAAGAAGCUGCCGUUGUUGAGGAACAAGUCGUGCCAAUGGAGAAGAAGCCAACCGAAGCUGCACCUGAAAUCAUGCCUCAGUUCCAAGUGGAACCCACUCAGAGAGAAAUCACUGAAGUGUAUGAAGCACCUAAGUUUGUUGAAGACAUGGUGGACUUGGAAAUUAUUAAGGGUCAUCCAGCCAGGUUUGAUGUCCAGGUGAGCGGCAUCCCUAUGCCCACUCUACACUGGUAUCGCAAUGGCAAGGAGAUCAAACCAGACGACAAGCAUGUGAAAUUUGAAUUCGCUGAGGAUGAAGGAAUUGGUUCCCUGAUUAUUGAUGAAGUCAGAGCUGAUGAUGAUGCUGAAUAUGCCUGCAAGGCAUCGAACAAGGCAGGAUCAGCAGUGUCCAAAGCUGAUCUGUUCCUCCAGGCAGCCCACAAGAAGCGACCAGAGAAGCACCCACCGAAAUUCAUCAUCGAAAUGAAGACACUCACAGCAGUAGAAGGCGAUAGCAUCAACUUCUUCUGCAAAGUGGUGGGCAGACCCAUGCCAGAAAUUAGGUGGUUCAAGAAUGGUGUGGAGCUGAAACUCGGACCUCGCAUUUCUAUCGAUUAUGACGAACAGGGAAUGUGCACACUCCUCAUCCGCAACACCACCAUGGAUGAUGUCGCUACCUACACCUGCAAGGCCAUCAACGAGAUCGGCGAAGCAACGACAACAGCAGAACUGAUCUUGGAAGUCCCCGCCCGAAUUACGGAGGGGCCCGAGAGUGUGUCCGUGAAGCGUGGUGACUCAGUCACUGUUGAUAUCCAUAUCGAGGGGUUCCCUCAGCCAUCUGUCACCUGGUACAAAAACUCAGUCGUCGUGGAAACCACUGAAAGAAUCACCACUGAAACAACCCGAGAAACGACCCAACUGGUCAUCUCUAAGGCCCAGAUGGAGGACGCUGGUGACUAUGUGGUUGUCGUUGAGAACGAGCUUGCUCGAGAUGAACUCCAAGUCAGCAUUACAGUUAUAGACAUCCCAGACAAACCCCGGAAGCUGGAACCAACCCAGGUAACUCCCACCUCUACCACCAUCACCUGGCAGACGCCUAUCAUGGAAGACGAAGGCCAGGAGGUGUCCUCCUACAUCGUUGAGAUGCUGGACAGUGCCACCAAGUCAUGGCAGAGGAUAGCCGAGACCCUCAAGGCACCCGUCUUUACCAUCGCUGAUCUGACUCCUGGUGAGGAGUAUGCCUUCCGGGUCAGUGCCUCCAACCAGUUUGGUGUCGGUGAACCCACUGAGAAGGUGGUGGUUCAUCUCCCAACAGAAAAGGAGGUUGAAGCUGUACCCCAGGAGGUUGCAGAGGACCAGGUUACCCCAGAAACCAAGGCAAUGAAACCAGAAGAGACAACUCCAGCUGCUGAAGAAGUUGCAACAGUUGAAGCUGUGGAGGUUGUUAUUGCGCCUAAGGAAGAAGCACCUAAAUCUGAACUUCCAACUGAAGAAGCCCUACCAGAGGAAUUACCUGAAGUAACAGUUGAAAUUCCUGCUCCUGAAGCACCAGAGGUUCCUGAAACACUUCCCGAGGAAGCAAGACCAGAUGUUCAAGAGAAGCGCCCUCAUGAUAUCCCACCAGCUGCUGAGGUUCCGGUGGAAGCUCCCAGACCUGAAGACACUCCUGAUGAUGAAGAUAGGCCAGAAGAGGAGCCUGUAUCAGUGACAAUUGAUGAAGGUCCUUCUGAAAGUGCUCCGUUUGAUGACGAUGAUGAUGAAGAAGAAGAUGAGGAUCUUACAGAGGGAGAUUUAGAGGGAGAGCCAAUUUUGGAACCAGAAUUGCCUCAUGAGGAUGAAAAGGAGUCUGAACCAGAGAAGAAAGAGAAAAAGAAAAAGAAGAAAAAGAAGAAAGAUAAAGAGAAAAAGUUGAAAGUUCAAGUGCGACCUCUGGAUCAGCCUGACGUUGAAUAUAAAAGGCGUGUAUUCCUUGACACGGUGGAGGAAGAGGAUGAAGAGAUCAAGUCACCUAAAAGAGGUAGAGCCAUCCUGAAGAAGAAGAAACCUGUCACUGAUGAAAGUGCAGUCAUCGUUGUGGAGAAGGCUCCUCAGGUCUCAGAGGAUCAGGAAGCAACCAUUGCACCUGUGACCAAGAAGCCUGAAGAAGUUACUCUCCCAGCCCAAGAACCCACCGAAGAUGUUCCUGAUGUUGGUAUCUCUGCAAUCACUCCCGAAUCAAAGGAAGUUCCAGUUGAGGAGGCCAUUCCUGGUGAGACACCUGUUGUAACUGUUGCAGAAGUCACUCCCCAAGUAACAGAGCCAAGGGAAACUGCCGAGAUUGUUCUUCCUAUAGAGGUACAGCCUGAGGAGUCGGAAGUCAUCCUUGAGGUUGGCAAACCACAGCAAGCAGAGGAGAUGCAAGAGGUGCAGAUAGAUGUAGGUGUUGAGAAGGUGAAACCCGAGGAAGCUGUUACUCUGCAGAUGCCUUUGGAGAAGGCAGAAAUUAGAGAAGCAGCUCCUGUCAUUGUGGACAAAUUGAAAGAUCAGACUGUGAAGUCUGGGGCCUCUGUCCUGCUAACCUGUACUGUGACUGGAGAACCUACACCAGAUGUUGAGUGGUACAAGGAAGGCCAGCUCCUGGAGCCCACACCUACCCAGACACAAACUUAUGAAGCUGGGGUUGCCACUCUUGAAAUCCUCCAAGCCAAACCUGCUGACCAGGGCAAAUACGAAUGCAUGGCAGUCAGUGACGUCGGAGAGGAUAUCUCGUCCGCGAAAGUGACCGUCAAGAUUGAGAAACCCAAGCCGACCAAGCCAUCUUUCUCAGAGACAACUAUCACACUUGAAGUGACAGAAGGCGAAGAUGCGACUUUCAGGUUUACGAUUGAGGGAUUCCCCUACCCGACCCUAACAUGGAAUAAAGGUUGGAAAGCCAUCAAACCUAGUACCCAGUACAUCAUCGAAUCUGAAGAGACAACUGGUGAGACCGUCUUCACCAUCACAUCUGCCAAGAUGACUGAUGCUGGCAAGUACGUCUGCAAACUGACCAACCCACAUGGAGAGGCUAAGCUGACGGUUACUCUUGUGGUCAAAGAGAAACCUAAGGAAGAACCGGAAGCAGCGCAGACUAAACUUAAAAAACCACAACCAGAAGAGAAGAAGCCUGAGGUGGUUGAAUCCAAGGCCGAUAUCGAAAUCUUCGAAUUGCUUAAGGAUGAGGAGCCAAAGAACUAUGAGAAGAUCCUUCGAAAGCAUGGCAUCAUCGACUUCAAGGUCAUCCGGAAGCACAUUGAAAUGGUGAAGACGAAGAAGGCUGAGGAGGAAGAAAGACAUAAGACAGAAGUUGAGGCUCAGUUGGAGGAUGGAAAGCUACCGGAAGAAAUGGAAAUCUCACUUGAAAUAACUACAGAUCAGAAGCCGGUAUCAGACACAACUUCAACUGUCGAGAUUGUUACUAUUGAACCAUCUAAACCAAAGGAAGUGGCUCCCACUGAAGUACAAAUUAAGAUCGCUCCUAAGAAACCAGAGGAGGACGAAAAGGUUGAGGUUAAGAUCAUGAAAAAGAAACCAGAAGAAAAGGAACAGGCCGUUGCGGUAAAGGUGCCUGAAAAGAAGAAGCCUCUGACUAAAGAAGAAAAAGAAGCAGAAGAAGUCUUUGAACUUCUUAAGGAUGUGCAACCCGAGCAGUAUGAAAAGGUUUUGAGGAAGAAAGGUGUCAUCCAGACUAAGGUCAUCAAGAAACACAUUGAGAUGGUUGAAAAACGUAAGGCAGAAGAAGCAACUUUGGAAGAAAUGGAGAUCACUCUGGACAAACCAACAGAAGCAGCACCAGAGGAGACAGUUGUUACUAUUGAACCAUCUCAACCAGAGGAAGCGGCACCGACUGAAGUAGAAAUAAAGAUCGCUCCUAAGAAACCAGAGGAGGAAAAGGUCGAGGUUAAAAUCAUGAAAAAGAAACCAGAAGAAAAGGAAGAGGCUGUUGAAGUAAAGGUUCCUGAAAAGAAGAAGCCUCUGACCAAAGAAGAAAAGGAAGCAGAAGAAGUCUUUGAACUACUUAAGGAUGUACAACCUGAGCAGUAUGAAAAGGUUUUGAGGAAGAAAGGCGUCAUCCAGACUAAGGUCAUCAAGAAACACAUUGAGAUGGUUGAAAAACGUAAGGCUGAAGAAGCAACUUUGGAAGAAAUGGAGAUCACUCUGGACAAACCAACAGAAGCAGCACCAGAGGAGACAGUUGUUACUAUUGAACCAUCUCAACCAGAGGAAGCGGCUCCGACUGAAGUAGAAAUAAAGAUCGCUCCUAAGAAACCAGAGGAGGAAAAGGUCGAGGUUAAAAUCAUGAAAAAGAAACCAGAUGAAAAAGAAGAGGCUGUUGAAGUAAAGGUUCCUGAAAAGAAGAAGCCUCUGACCAAAGAAGAAAAGGAAGCAGAAGAAGUCUUUGAACUACUUAAGGAUGUACAACCUGAGCAGUAUGAAAAGGUUUUGAGGAAGAAAGGCGUCAUCCAGACUAAGGUCAUCAAGAAACACAUCGAGAUGGUUGAAAAACGUAAGGCUGAAGAAGCAACUCUGGAAGAAAUGGAGAUCACUCUGGACAAACCAACAGAAGCAGCACCAGAGGAGACAGUUGUUACUAUUGAACCAUCUCAACCAGAGGAAGCGGCUCCCACUGAAGUAGAAAUUAAGAUCGCUCCUAAGAAACCAGAGGAGGAGGAAAAGGUUGAGGUAAAGAUCAUAAAAAAGAAACCAGAAGAAAAGGAAGAGGCUGUUGAGGUAAAGGUGCCUGAAAAGAAGAAGCCUCUGACCAAAGAAGAAAAGGAAGCAGAAGAAGUCUUUGAACUUCUUAAGGAUGUGCAACCCGAGCAGUAUGAAAAGGUGUUGAGGAAGAAAGGUGUAAUCCAGACUAAGGUCAUCAAGAAACACAUCGAGAUGGUUGAGAAACGUAAGGCCGAAGAAGCAACUCUGGAAGAAAUGGAGAUCACUCUGGACAAACCAACAGAAGCAGCACCAGAGGAGACAGUUGUUACUAUUGAACCAUCUCAACCAGAGGAAGCGGCUCCCACUGAAGUAGAAAUUAAGAUCGCUCCUAAGAAACCAGAGGAGGAGGAAAAGGUCGAGGUUAAGAUCAUAAAAAAGAAACCAGAAGAAAAGGAAGAGGCUGUUGAGGUAAAGGUGCCUGAAAAGAAGAAACCUCUGACCAAAGAAGAAAAGGAAGCAGAAGAAGUCUUUGAACUUCUUAAGGAUGUGCAACCCGAGCAGUAUGAAAAGGUUUUGAGGAAGAAAGGUGUCAUCCAGACUAAGGUCAUCAAGAAACACAUCGAGAUGGUUGAGAAACGUAAGGCUGAAGAAGCAACUCUGGAAGAAAUGGAGAUCACUCUGGACAAACCAACAGAAGCAGCACCAGAGGAGACAGUUGUUACUAUUGAACCAUCUCAACCAGAGGAAGCGGCUCCCACUGAAGUAGAAAUUAAGAUCGCUCCUAAGAAACCAGAGGAGGAGGAAAAGGUUGAGGUAAAGAUCAUGAAAAAGAAACCAGAAGAAAAGGAAGAGGCUGUUGAGGUAAAGGUGCCUGAAAAGAAGAAGCCUCUGACCAAAGAAGAAAAGGAAGCAGAAGAAGUCUUUGAACUACUUAAGGAUGUGCAACCCGAGCAGUAUGAAAAGGUGUUGAGGAAGAAAGGUGUAAUCCAGACUAAGGUCAUCAAGAAACACAUCGAGAUGGUUGAGAAACGUAAGGCUGAAGAAGCAACUCUGGAGGAAAUUGAGAUCACUCUGGACAAACCAACAGAAGCAGCACCAGAGGAGACAGUUGUUACUAUUGAACCAUCUCAACCAGAGGAAGCGGCUCCCACUGAAGUAGAAAUUAAGAUUGCUCCUAAGAAACCAGAGGAGGAGGAAAAGGUCGAGGUUAAGAUCACGAAAAAGAAACCAGAAGAAAAGGAAGAGGCUGUUGAGGUAAAGGUGCCUGAAAAGAAGAAACCUCUGACCAAAGAAGAAAAGGAAGCAGAAGAAGUCUUUGAACUACUUAAGGAUGUACAACCCGAGCAGUAUGAAAAGGUUUUGAGGAAGAAAGGUAUCGUCCAGACUAAGGUCAUCAAGAAACACAUCGAGAUGGUUGAGAAACGUAAGGUCGAAGAAGCAACUCUGGAAGAAAUGGAGAUCACUCUGGACAAACCAACAGAAGCAGCACCAGAGGAGACAGUUGUUACUAUUGAACCAUCUCAACCAGAGGAAGCGGCUCCCACUGAAGUAGAAAUUAAGAUCGCUCCUAAGAAACCAGAGGAGGAGGAAAAGGUUGAGGUAAAGAUCAUGAAAAAGAAACCAGAAGAAAAGGAAGAGGCUGUUGAGGUAAAGGUGCCUGAAAAGAAGAAGCCUCUGACCAAAGAAGAAAAGGAAGCAGAAGAAGUCUUUGAACUUCUUAAGGAUGUGCAACCCGAGCAGUAUGAAAAGGUGUUGAGGAAGAAAGGUGUAAUCCAGACUAAGGUCAUCAAGAAACACAUCGAGAUGGUUGAGAAACGUAAGGCUGAAGAAGCAACUCUGGAGGAAAUUGAGAUCACUCUGGACAAACCAACAGAAGCAGCACCAGAGGAGACAGUUGUUACUAUUGAACCAUCUCAACCAGAGGAAGCGGCUCCCACUGAAGUAGAAAUUAAGAUUGCUCCUAAGAAACCAGAGGAGGAGGAAAAGGUCGAGGUUAAGAUCACGAAAAAGAAACCAGAAGAAAAGGAAGAGGCUGUUGAGGUAAAGGUGCCUGAAAAGAAGAAACCUCUGACCAAAGAAGAAAAGGAAGCAGAAGAAGUCUUUGAACUACUUAAGGAUGUACAACCCGAGCAGUAUGAAAAGGUUUUGAGGAAGAAAGGUAUCGUCCAGACUAAGGUCAUCAAGAAACACAUCGAGAUGGUUGAGAAACGUAAGGCCGAAGAAGCAACUCUGGAAGAAAUGGAGAUCACUCUGGACAAACCAACAGAAGCAGCACCAGAGGAGACAGUUGUUACUAUUGAACCAUCUCAACCAGAGGAAGCGGCUCCCACUGAAGUAGAAAUUAAGAUCGCUCCUAAGAAACCAGAGGAGGAGGAAAAGGUCGAGGUUAAGAUCAUGAAAAAGAAACCAGAAGAAAAGGAAGAGGCUGUUGAGGUAAAGGUGCCUGAAAAGAAGAAACCUCUGACCAAAGAAGAAAAGGAAGCAGAAGAAGUCUUUGAACUACUUAAGGAUGUACAACCCGAGCAGUAUGAAAAGGUUUUGAGGAAGAAAGGUAUCGUCCAGACUAAGGUCAUCAAGAAACACAUCGAGAUGGUUGAGAAACGUAAGGUCGAAGAAGCAACUCUGGAAGAAAUGGAGAUCACUCUGGACAAACCAACAGAAGCAGCACCAGAGGAGACAGUUGUUACUAUUGAACCAUCUCAACCAGAGGAAGCGGCUCCCACUGAAGUAGAAAUUAAGAUCGCUCCUAAGAAACCAGAGGAGGAGGAAAAGGUCGAGGUAAAGAUCAUGAAAAAGAAACCAGAAGAAAAGGAAGAGGCUGUUGAGGUAAAGGUGCCUGAAAAGAAGAAGCCUCUGACCAAAGAAGAAAAGGAAGCAGAAGAAGUCUUUGAACUACUUAAGGAUGUGCAACCCGAGCAGUAUGAAAAGGUGUUGAGGAAGAAAGGUGUAAUCCAGACUAAGGUCAUCAAGAAACACAUCGAGAUGGUUGAGAAACGUAAGGCUGAAGAAGCAACUCUGGAGGAAAUGGAGAUCACUCUGGACAAACCAACAGAAGCAGCACCAGAGGAGACAGUUGUUACUAUUGAACCAUCUCAACCAGAGGAAGCGGCUCCCACUGAAGUAGAAAUUAAGAUCGCUCCUAAGAAACCAGAGGAGGAGGAAAAGGUCGAGGUUAAGAUCAUGAAAAAGAAACCAGAAGAAAAGGAAGAGGCUGUUGAGGUAAAGGUGCCUGAAAAGAAGAAACCUCUGACCAAAGAAGAAAAGGAAGCAGAAGAAGUCUUUGAACUACUUAAGGAUGUACAACCCGAGCAGUAUGAAAAGGUUUUGAGGAAGAAAGGUAUCGUCCAGACUAAGGUCAUCAAGAAACACAUCGAGAUGGUUGAGAAACGUAAGGCCGAAGAAGCAACUCUGGAAGAAAUGGAGAUCACUCUGGACAAACCAACAGAAGCAGCACCAGAGGAGACAGUUGUUACUAUUGAACCAUCUCAACCAGAGGAAGCGGCUCCCACUGAAGUAGAAAUUAAGAUCGCUCCUAAGAAACCAGAGGAGGAGGAAAAGGUCGAGGUAAAGAUCAUGAAAAAGAAACCAGAAGAAAAGGAAGAGGCUGUUGAGGUAAAGGUGCCUGAAAAGAAGAAGCCUCUGACCAAAGAAGAAAAGGAAGCAGAAGAAGUCUUUGAACUUCUUAAGGAUGUGCAACCCGAGCAGUAUGAAAAGGUUUUGAGGAAGAAAGGUGUCAUCCAGACUAAGGUCAUCAAGAAACACAUCGAGAUGGUUGAGAAACGUAAGGCUGAAGAAGCAACUCUGGAGGAAAUGGAGAUCACUCUGGACAAACCAACAGAAGCAGCACCAGAGGAGACAGUUGUUACUAUUGAACCAUCUAAACCAGAGGAAGCAGCUCCCACUGAAAUAGAAAUUAAGAUCGCUCCUAAGAAACCAGAGGAGGAGGAAAAGGUCGAAGUUAAGAUCAUGAAAAAGAAACCAGAAGAAAAGGAAGAGGCUGUUGAGGUAAAGGUGCCUGAAAAGAAGAAACCUCUGACCAAAGAAGAAAAGGAAGCAGAAGAAGUCUUUGAACUUCUUAAGGAUGUGCAACCCGAGCAGUAUGAAAAGGUUUUGAGGAAGAAAGGUGUCAUCCAGACUAAGGUCAUCAAGAAACACAUCGAGAUGGUUGAAAAACGUAAGGCUGAAGAAGCAACUCUGGAAGAAAUGGAGAUCACUCUGGACAAACCAACAGAAGCAGCACCAGAGGAGACAGUUGUUACUAUUAAACCAUCUCAACCAGAGGAAGCGGCUCCCACUGAAGUAGAAAUUAAGAUCGCUCCUAAGAAACCAGAGGAGGAGGAAAAGGUCGAGGUUAAGAUCAUUAAAAAGAAACCAGAAGAAAAGGAAGAGGCUGUUGAGGUAAAGGUGCCUGAAAAGAAGAAACCUCUGACCAAAGAAGAAAAGGAAGCAGAAGAAGUCUUUGAACUUCUUAAGGAUGUGCAACCCGAGCAGUAUGAAAAGGUUUUGAGGAAGAAAGGUGUCAUCCAGACUAAGGUCAUCAAGAAACACAUCGAGAUGGUUGAGAAACGUAAGGCUGAAGAAGCAACUCUGGAGGAAAUGGAGAUCACUCUGGACAAACCAACAGAAGCAGCACCAGAGGAGACAGUUGUUACCAUUAAACCAUCUCAACCAGAAGAAGCGGUUCCCACUGAAGUGGAAAUUAAGAUCGCUCCUAAGAAACCAGAGGAGGAGGAAAAGGUCGAGGUUAAGAUCAUGAAAAAGAAACCAGUAGAAAAGGAAGAGGCUGUUGAGGUAAAGGUGCCUGAAAAGAAGAAACCUCUGACCAAAGAAGAAAAGGAAGCAGAAGAAGUCUUUGAACUACUUAAGGAUGUACAACCCGAGCAGUAUGAAAAGGUGUUGAGGAAGAAAGGUGUAAUCCAGACUAAGGUCAUCAAGAAACACAUCGAGAUGGUUGAGAAACGUAAGGCUGAAGAAGCAACUCUGGAGGAAAUGGAGAUCACUCUGGACAAACCAACAGAAGCAGCACCAGAGGAGACAGUUGUUACUAUUGAACCAUCUAAACCAGAGGAAGCAGCUCCCACUGAAAUAGAAAUUAAGAUCGCUCCUAAGAAACCAGAGGAGGAGGAAAAGGUCGAGGUAAAGAUCAUGAAAAAGAAACCAGAAGAAAAGGAAGAGGCUGUUGAGGUAAAGGUGCCUGAAAAGAAGAAACCUCUGACCAAAGAAGAAAAGGAAGCAGAAGAAGUCUUUAAACUACUAAAGGAUGUACAACCCGAGCAGUAUGAAAAGGUUUUGAGGAAGAAAGGCGUCAUCCAGACUAAGGUCAUCAAGAAACACAUCGAGAUGGUUGAAAAACGUAAGGCCGAAGAAGCAACUCUGGACGAAAUGGAGAUCAGUCUGGACAAACCAACAGAAGCAGCACCAGAGGAGACAGUUGUUACUAUUGAACCAUCUAAACCAGAGGAAGUGGCUCCCACUGAAGUACAAAUGAAGAUCGCUCCUAAGAAACCAGAGGAGGAGGAAAAGGUAGAAGUUAAGAUCAUGAAAAAGAAACCAGAAGAAAAAGAAGAGGUUGUUGAGGUAAAGAUGCCCGAAAAGAAGAAGCCUUUGACCAAAGAAGAAAAGGAAGCAGAAGAAGUCUUCGAGCUUUUAAAGAACGUUGAACCUAAAAAUUAUGAAAAGAUUUUGAGGAAAAAGGGUAUCAUCGAAAUGAAGCUUAUUCGGAAACAUAUUGAUGCAGUAGAGAAGCGGAAAGCAGAGGAAACUGCAAAGCAACUUGCUUCUCAGGAGGUAGAAACUGAGGUCACCCUUAAAGUUUCAGAAGAGGCACCAUCUGAAACUGUUGAGGCAUCCGUCAUUGAACCUGUUGAAGCUGCACCAGUAGAGGCUGCUCCUGUUGAGGCGGUCCCUGAAAAGAAAUUUAAACCAGAGGAAUGGAAAUUCACAGAGGAUCUCAAACCAUCUAAGGGCUUCAAGGGAGACACAUGCGAACUCGUGUGUGAGGUCAAUGACGAAAAUGCAGUUGUUGAAUGGGUCAAACAUGGCAAGGUUCUGAAGUCAGGUGACAAGUACGAGCUGAAGGACGAUGGUACCAAGAGAAUUCUUGUGAUCAAAGAUGCUGUCCCCGUUGAUGGCGCUAGAUAUACAUGCCAGCUUCCAAAGACUAAAACAGCUGCAUCCCUUGAUGUCCAAAUCCCGGCCAAGAUUGUGGGAGAGUUAAAACCACUGACUAUUACUGAAAGGGAAACUGCCGAGCUCAUCUGUGAAGUGAGCAAUUCUAAGACUGACUUCACAUGGCUCAAAAAUGGCGAACCUAUCGAUGUGUCCCUGGACAAGUAUGAAGUCAAAGACGAAGGUCGCCGCAAGAAGCUGAGGAUCAAGAAUAUCAGUCCAGAGGAUGCUGCGGAAUACACCUGCCAACUUCCUCGAGACACCUCAACAAUGAAUUUGACAGUUGAAGAGCUCCCAUUGGAAGUCCUUUCACCCCUUACAAAAUUAUAUGCCCGCCUGACGGGUGACGCCAUGUUCCAAUGUGAGGUCAGUGAACCUUGGGCCAAGGUCAUCUGGCUUAAAGGUGACAAAGAAGUUGUGCCAUCGGACAAAUACAAGAUAGAGACAGACGGAAGGAUCAGACGGCUGAUUAUCAACGAUAUUACUGAAGAUGAUGAGACAGCGUACACGUGUGUACUGAGAGACAAGAGGACAACUGCCGACCUCAUCCUUAGAGAAACCAUUAAGAUCACCAAGCCUCCCGAAGACGUAGACUCUCGUGAAAAACAGACCGCUACGUUUGUCUGCGAGCUUUCUGGUGAUGCAGCUAAGGCAGAUAUCAAGUGGAAGAAGGGUGGUCAAAUCGUGAGAAAGGACAAACGCCACAAGAUCAUCAAUGAGGGGCUUGUUUCGACCCUUGUGAUUGAGGAUCUGUCACCAUCUGAUGCAGGAAAAUACUCUGUCCUGGUAGAUAACAUUGAUGUCCCCUUUAAUCUAAGUGUUCAAGCCUUGAAGCCACCUGUAUUUACUACUAAACCAAAAGCUGUAGACACACAAGAGGUUGAUUCGCCUAAGUUUAGAAUGUGGGGACUGUGA